AUGUCGUCCGAGGACGAAGAGCUCUAUGGGGAUGAUGAGGAGUAUGUUGAUGAUGAGUACUUAGAUGAUUUGGCGGAGGAAGCUGUGGAACACUUAGAGAAAGAAUGCAAUGAAGAGAUGGCCAAGUUUGAGAAUGAACUAAAAGUGGGCAAGGUCAAAGUGAAGUUUGGAGACUUUGACGAGGUAAAUGCCAUGGUUGUUACACUCCCACUAUUUUUCGAAGCUCGGCCGGAUCAACCUAAUUACAUGGACAGAGAUGUGUUUAAUAAGGUUGACUCCAUGGUCCAAAUGGAAGGGGCCAAAGAAAUUGAGGUGGCCCAAGAAAUUCAAAAGGAAGGGAAUGCCUAA